UUAGCAGUUUAAAUUUGCUAAAAUAAUUGCAUUUCCAUGUUCUGUGCAGUGUGGGAGACCAGAUAUAGUGAAUGCAGGGUCCGGGGAGAGCGGAUAUAGUGAAUGCAGGGUCCGGGGAGAGCGGAUAUAGUGAAUGCAGGGUCCGGGGAGAGCGGAUAUAGUGAAUGCAGGGUCCGGGGAGAGCGGAUAUAGUGAAUGCAGGGUCCUGGGGGAGAGCGGAUAUAGUGAAUGCAGGGUCCGGAGAGAGCGGAUAUAGUGAAUGCAGGGUCCCGGAGAGAGCGGAUAUAGUGAAUGCAGGGUCCAGGGAGAGCGGAUAUAGUGAAUGCAGGGUCCGGGGGAGAGCGGAUAUAGUGAAUGCAGGGUCCGGGGAGAGCGGAUAUAGUGAAUGCAGGGUCCGGGGAGAGCGGAUAUAGUGAAUGCAGGGUCCGGGGAGAGCGGAUAUAGUGAAUGCUGGGUCCGGGGAGAGCGGAUAUAGUGAAUGCAGGGUCCGGGAAGAGCAGAUAUAG